AUGUCUUUUCCCAGAGCUAAAAUUCAACGUUUUAAUGAUGUUAUGAAUAGUGUUCCCUCACCUACUAAAUAUGAUCCUAAAAUUGGGGAUAAACCUCAUGUGCCGAAAAAACAUAACUGCUUGGGAACUGCAGAAAAAGCAAAUCCAAACAUAUUUAAAUCAAUUUCGUUCAAAGCAGAAGAUGUGGAAUUUUUAAACAGUGAAGGAGAAAUAGAAGAGCUUAAAGCUUUAAGAGUGGAGUGUUCUAAUAAGACUGAAACAAUAAAUGAUUUGGAAGGGCACAUUCAAGAUCUCAAAAUUCAGAUAUCAAAUCAUGAAAAAGCAAAAAUAAAAUUAGAAUCACAUAUAGCAGAAUUAGAAGUAGCCAAAUCUAAUUUAGAGUGUAUUAAGAGUAAUAAUAAAAAUUAUGAGCAACAGAUCAUUGCACUUCAAUCAUUAAUAACAGAGUUAGAAGAGAAAGAAAAAAAAUGGGUAGAAAAUAAUAAUGAUCUUCAAAUGAAAAUUAAGGAAGCUGAAGAAAAAAACAAUAAAUUAGAAGAAAUCAAUUUGGAUUAUGAAAGGAAACUCAUUAGCUUAGAAGGGACCAUUGAACAGCUAGAAAAAGAACAAAAGAAUAAAGAUCAAUUAAUAUAUGAAAUACAACAGAGUGAAGAUGCACUAAAAAUGAAUCAUCAAGUUUCAAUCGAAUGUUUACAAGGAAAAAUUUCUACACUAGAGAGUGAAAUUAAAGAAUUGGAUGCGAAUAAAAGCAAAAAUGAAGCUAUUAUAUUUGGUUUAGAAACUGAAAUAUCAAAUUUAAAUCGUACUGUUGAAAAACUAAAGACUGAAAAAUGUGAGUUUGAAACUUCUUCGAAAAAGUUACAGAGUUGUUUGGAUGAAACCAAGGAAGCAUGUGAAAAUCACAAUAAAACUAUAACAGAAUUGAAAAUGGAAUUAGAAAAACAUGCGAAAGAGACACUGGAACUGAAGGAAAAAAAUCAAGAUUUAAUGAAUAAUAUAGAAGAAAUAAAGUUUGAAAUGGAACAAAAUAAAAAAUUAUUUGAGGAAGAGCAAAUGGUGCUUGUUCAGAGUCAUAAAAACGAAUUAGAAGAAUUAAAUAAAAAACUUAUAACGCAAGAAGAAAUUUUUGAAUCUGAAAAAGAGUUGUCAGAGACUGAAAAAAGCGAACUCGUAAAGAGUCAUGCCGAAGAAAUUCUUCAACUUCAAAACGAGUACGAGUCAAAACUUUUGGCUCAAAUGCAAGAAAAUACAGAAAAAAUAAAUUCACUUCAAAAUCAACUAGAUGAAAAACAAAAUAUUUUAAAUCAGACAAAUGCUAAGCAUUUAAAAACAUUGGCCGACUGGGAAAAAAAACUAAAAGAAGCUGAAAAUAAUUUCUCAAAUUUAGUUUGUAAAUUAGAAAACCAACAUCUCGAAAAAGUUAAAAAUGUACAAGAUGAUUGUUUGAAAAAAAUUAUAAAACUUGAAGCAAGUUCUUUACAAACAAUCGAAACGAAAAAUAAAGAAUUCAGUAUUUUAUUAGAACAGUAUAAAGAAAUACUAGAAGAGGUUAAAGAUUUGCUUUCGUACAUAGAAAAACAAGAUUUAGAAAUAAAGAAUAUCAGCACUCAUAAUAAAAGUUUAAAUUCAAGAAUUAGAUUAAUGUUGGAAGAAAUAAAGCUUUUGAAUUCUGAAAAUAAAAACAAGUGUGAUAGUUUAAAUAAAAUGACAACGAAAUAUAACGAAGAAUUCAGUAAAAAUGAACGUUUAAGUUGUAAACUUGGAGAACUCGAUACUAAAAUUAUUCAUUUAAGAAAAGAUUUAAAUAAAAAAGUUGAUGAAUGGAAAAAAUCUUGUGAAGAACUCAAAAAAUCUAAAAAUUUCAACGAAAAACUUAGCUCCAAAAAAAAUGAAUUAGAAAAAACUACUUACGAACUUCAAGUAAAAAUCGAUAAUCUAAUUAAAGAACUUAAUGAAAAGAAAGCAGAACAUGAGAAAACAAUUAACGAGUAUAAUGAAGAAAUAAGGAUGGUGAGGGGUCAAUGCAGAAAAUUUGAAAUCGUGGCUGGAAAUACAAGCAAAUCAUUAGAAGCUCUAAGAAUAAGGCUGUUAGAAAGUGAAAAAGAAGUAGAGAAAUUGAAUACCGAAAAUACAUCUUUAUUAACGGAAAUUAAAGAAAUUGAAAAUGAAAAGAAUGAUUUAAAAACUAAAUAUGAAAAUAUGGUCGAAGCUGAAGUCGAUUUGCAAGCUACUUUGGAUGAAUGUUUUGCGGAAAACAAAAAACUAUCGGAGAAAUGUAACGAAUUAGAAUCGACUUGUAAUUCAUUAGAAAGUAAAGUUAAAAAUUUAAUUAGCAGCAAUGAGAGCUUGGAACGCGAAAAAGAAAAUCAUAUCAUGACGAUGAAAAAUUUAGUUAAAAAUCAAGAACUACAAUUGAUAGAAACCGAAAAAGCCACAUUGGAUCAAAUAGAACAAAUUAGCCAAACCCUAACGGAAAAACUGGAAUUUUUCAUGAAAUAUUCCGCAGAAAAGAUACAAAAUUUAUCGAGGGAAAUUAAAAAUUUGAAAUUAUCAAAUCAACAACUUACGGAAGACUUAAAACGAAAAACCUACGAUCACGAUAAUUUAUUUACGGAUUGCGAGAUAUUAAAAACAACUGUUGAUAUCUCAGUAAAAGAAAGUGCCGAUUUAAAAAAAAAAUUGGAAGAGCAAUCUGUUAGUCUUGAAAAAGUUGAAAAAGCGUUAGAAAAACUGGAAGAGGAAAAAAAACGCGCAGAAGAAAAAUUAGCAGAGAAAGAGAAUGAUUGUUUGGCCGAUAAGGAAAGAUUAAUUUCCCUCCAGGAGGAAUUCAAUGAAAAAGUUUCUUGCUUAAAAGAAGAAAAAGAAAUAAAUAAUCAACUAAAAAAUGAGGUAUUAAAUCUAGAAUCGGAAGUCAACAAAUUCAAAGUCGAAGUUGACAAUUUGAACGGAAAAGUUAGGGAUUUGGAAGCCGAACUCGAAGCUAAAGAUGCUGCAGAAAAAUCGUAUCAAAAAGAAAAAUUAAUAUUCGUAGAAGAAAUAAAAACUUUGUCACGUGAAAAAAGCGAUGCUCUCUUCGAGUUGAAAAUUGCCGAGAAAAAAUUAGAAAUGAAUGAAAAAUUGGUUGAUGAUAUUCGAAAUGAUAAACUCGACGUUGAAGAAUUGUACAAAAAACUCAAAAUUGAAUAUGAUGGUUUAUUCGCGGAAAAGUGUUGUUUAGACUCUGAAUAUUCAAGUCUAAAAGAAGAUAAUGUCAAAUUGAGAAAAGAACGUGAAAAUUUAUUGAACGUAGAAGAGCGUAAAAAUUAUUAUAAAGAAAAUUGUCGAAGGUUGGAAAAGGUUUUGGCUGAAACAAAAGACGAAAACACGAGUCUGAAAAAUGAUUUUAAUGCAUGUUCCGAUUUGGAAUCCCUGAUUGGUCCAUUCAGAGAACAAUUGGAGCAUUACGAAACGGAACGAUUGCUUAUUGAAAACGACAGGGAACAACUUAGAAAACAACAUUUAGAACAAGCUGCCGAAUUGGGUCAUAGAAAUCACAAGCAAAAAAUUCAACACGUUGUUAAUCUUAAAAACACAUUGUUAGAAACAAGAAAAUUCUCUGUUGCCGACAUCAACUCCCAUAAAUACAUCGAUCACAGUUAA